AUGGGCACGUGUCCUCCCGGAGGGGUGAGGCCUUCCCGGCAGGGCGGUCGGGGGAAGCCGGAGCGGCUUCGGGCCUGUACGGCCGGCCAGCGCCUCCGGGCCGACGGCAGUGGGAGCGGGAUUAACUGGGAGGUGUCCCUGCUUGUGGCAGGGGGCUUGGAACCAGAUGAUCUUUUAGGUCCCUUCCAGCCCAAACUAUUCCAUGAUUCUAAGAUAGUAUCAUUGAUUUCUUUUCAGCCAAAGUUACAAAAAACCCAAGGAGGAAAGCAAGAGAAAAAAGUUAUCCAUCCUUACAGCAGAAAAGCUGCACAGCUUGCAAGGGAAGCACACAAACAGGAAAAGAAAGAAAAGUUGAAGACUGACAGAGCUUUGCGUUUGAGUAUCAUUGGAGAAAAAUUGCAAUGGUUUCAAAGUCACCUGGACCCCACUAAAAUUGAGUACACAAAGAAGGAAGCUGGCGAACUAAUUGAAAAUUAUAUGUGUCGAUUCAAUGCUGAAUUGGAGCAGAUUGAAUUACAAAACAGUAUUAAAGGUAGACAAGGCAGACAGCAUGGUUCACGGGAAACUGUCAUCAAGCAGACCAUUGAACGUGAAAGACAACUCUAUGAAGGCUAUGGAAUGGAGAUCCCAGACAUUAUGAACAGAAAGCAUCUGAAAUUUUUCAGAGAAUGGGAUGGUGAUCUGAGGAAACUGCCGAACAUCAAAAUGAAAAGGCUCUCAGCUAGGGAUGCUGCUUGCAGUAACCCUGAGGUGGCAGAUGUGGAAGCUAAAGAAGAAUUGAAUAAAACAGAAGAGGUGCCUAAUGAGCACCAGCUGAUUCAAGAGCUGAAAGAGCUGAAGGACAUUGUAAGAAACCUAGUUUAAUGAUAACUAGAAACAAGAAUAAAUUCUAACUAUAUUUGCAAAGGCUUUUCUAGUUGCAUUUUUUAUGAGCUCACUGUGUACCUAUGGUAAACAGUAAACAGUAUAUUACUGGGUAAAGCUGUAUAUUAUUGGAUAAAAAAUUCUGAAUAUAAAUAAAUACUUAAAAUCUUAA